AUGUCAUCAAAUACCGGUAUAUUACGUACACCCGAUUCCGCAUUCCUCGACUUAUUAGAUUAUCCAUUUAAACCGAAUUAUAUUGAUUUAUCAAAUCCCGGCGGUAUUGGUAAUGGAGAAACAAAAUUACGUCUACAUUAUUUAGACGAAGGAAAUAAGAAUAGCAGCGAAACAAUUUUAUUAUUACACGGCGAACCAAGUUGGAGUUAUUUAUACCGUCAUUUUAUACCAUCAUUAAAACAGUAUCGAGUAAUUGCUAUGGACUUAAUUGGAUUUGGUAAAUCGGAUAAACCAAUGAAUAAAGUCGAUUAUACAUACCAAAGACAUGUUAACUGGAUAAGGGAAGCUAUUGAAUCUUUAAAUUUAAAUAAUAUUACAUUGUUUUGCCAGGACUGGGGCAGUUUAAUUGGUUUACAAUUAGUUGGUACAAAUGGAAUAGGUAAUCGUUUUGCACGGGUUGUUGUUGCCAAUGGUGGAUUACCUACAGGUGAUCAAAAAGUUUCUGACGCUUUCUUUCAAUGGCAAAAGUUUGCAUCGGAACAAACGAAAAUGGAUGUUGGUUCAAUAAUAAAACGUGGAAUUAUAAGAGAAAUGAAACCAGAAGAAAUUGUUGCCUAUAAUGCUCCAUUUCCAAAUGAAAAUUAUCAAGCCGGUGCAUUAGUAUUUCCGCAAUUGGUACCUACGACACCCGAUGAUCCUUCAUCGCAAUAUAAUCGUGAUGCAUGGGGAAAUUUGCAAAUGUUCGAUAAACCAUUUUUAACUUUAUUCUCUGAUUCAGAUCCGAUAACAGCUGGCGCAGAAAAAUUUUUACAAAUGUUGAUACCAGGUGCUAAGAACCAACCACAUGCUAUAAUCACUCAAGGUGGUCAUUUCUUACAGGAAGACAAGCCACAUGAAAUUGUUGAACAUCUUAUUAAAUUUAUUAACAAUAAUCCAUUGCCUUUCUAUUCAAAUCUAUAG